AUCUCGGCUCUGGCUUGCUUUAUUUAUUUAUUUUUUGGUUUGUUUUCUUUGGUUUUCCCUCCUCCCUCCCCUCCGCCAAAAUGCAGGGGGCAGGAGUGUUGACAAUUAAUUGGUGAACUCUCCUAAAAAAAUGGAGGCAGAGAAAGACUCUGGAAGAAGAUUGCGUCCGAUUGACCGCCAGAGAUACGACGAGAACGAGGACUUGUCGGACGUGGAAGAGAUCGUCAGCGUCCGCGGCUUCAGCCUGGAGGAAAAGCUUCGCAGCCAGCUGUACCAGGGGGACUUCGUGCACGCCAUGGAGGGCAAAGAUUUCAACUAUGAGUACGUACAGAGAGAAGCUCUCAGGGUACCCCUGGUAUUUCGAGAAAAGGACGGACUAGGAAUUAAGAUGCCUGACCCUGAUUUCACAGUUCGGGAUGUCAAGCUCCUCGUGGGGAGCCGGCGGCUGGUGGAUGUGAUGGACGUGAAUACCCAGAAGGGAACGGAGAUGAGCAUGUCCCAGUUCGUGCGCUACUACGAGACGCCCGAGGCCCAGCGGGACAAGCUGUACAACGUCAUCAGCCUGGAGUUCAGCCACACCAAGCUGGAGCACCUGGUCAAGCGCCCCACCGUGGUGGAUCUGGUAGACUGGGUGGACAACAUGUGGCCCCAACACUUGAAGGAGAAGCAGACUGAGGCCACCAACGCCAUUGCAGAGAUGAAGUACCCCAAAGUAAAGAAGUACUGUCUGAUGAGUGUGAAGGGCUGCUUCACUGACUUCCACAUCGACUUCGGAGGCACUUCCGUGUGGUACCAUGUUUUCCGGGGAGGGAAGAUCUUUUGGCUGAUCCCGCCGACCCUGCACAACUUGGCACUGUACGAGGAGUGGGUGCUGUCAGGCAAGCAGAGUGACAUCUUUCUGGGAGACCGUGUGGAGCGAUGCCAAAGAAUUGAGCUGAAACAGGGCUACACGUUUUUCAUCCCUUCCGGUUGGAUCCAUGCAGUCUACACCCCUGUAGACUCCCUGGUGUUCGGCGGAAACAUCCUACACAGCUUUAACGUGCCCAUGCAGCUGCGGAUCUACGAGAUCGAGGACAGAACCCGGGUGCAGCCCAAGUUCCGGUACCCCUUCUACUAUGAGAUGUGCUGGUAUGUCUUGGAGAGAUACGUGUACUGCGUGACCCAGCGCUCCUACCUCACUCAGGAGUACCAGAGAGAGUCGAUGCUCAUUGAUGCCCCACGAAAGGCCAGCGUAGACGGCUUCUCAUCAGAUUCCUGGCUGGAGAUGGAGGAGGAGUCCUGUGAGCAGCAGCCCCAGGAGGAGGAAGAGGAGAAGGCGGAGGAGGCGGACGGCGUGGAGAAGGCGCCCCGGUCUUGCCCCGAUGGCCCGGCCUCGCCCGGCGGCGCCCCAUCGGAGGAGCUGGAGACCCCGGGGAAAAGGCCCAAGGCGCCCGCCACGCACUUCCUCAAGAGGACGUUGUCCGAUGAGUCGGAGGACAGCGUCAAGUCGGCCACCGUACCCGGCGACCACCCCAAGACGCCCACCGGCUCGCCUGUCCCCGAGGUGUCGGCCAAGUGGACCCACCUCACCGAGUUCGAGCUGAAGGGGCUGAAGGCCCUGGUGGAGAAGCUCGAGUCGCUCCCCGAGAAUAAGAAGUGCGUCCCGGAGGGCAUUGAGGACCCCCAGGCGCUCCUGGAGGGUGUGAAGAAUGUCCUGAAGGAGCACGCAGAGGACGAUGCCAGCCUGGCCAUUACUGGGGUGCCUGUAGUCAGUUGGCCAAAGAAGACUCCAAAGAACCGGGCAGUGGGUCGGCCCAAGGGCAAGCUGGGCCCGGCCUCCGCAGUGAAAUUGGCUGCCAACCGAACGACGGCAGGAGCUCGCCGGCGCCGGACGAGAUGCCGCAAGUGCGAGGCGUGCCUGAGGACAGAGUGUGGAGAGUGCCACUUCUGCAAGGACAUGAAGAAGUUCGGGGGCCCCGGACGGAUGAAGCAGAGCUGCAUCAUGCGGCAGUGCAUCGCGCCAGUGCUGCCCCACACCGCUGUGUGCCUUGUGUGUGGCGAGGCGGGGAAGGAGGACACAGUGGAAGAGGAAGAAGGCAAGUUCAACUUGAUGCUCAUGGAGUGCUCCAUCUGCAAUGAGAUCAUCCACCCUGGCUGCCUUAAGAUUAAGGAGUCAGAGGGUGUGGUCAACGACGAGCUUCCAAACUGCUGGGAGUGUCCGAAGUGCAACCACGCUGGCAAGACUGGGAAACAAAAGCGUGGCCCUGGCUUUAAGUAUGCCUCCAACCUGCCCGGCUCCCUGCUCAAGGAGCAGAAGAUGAACCGGGACAACAAGGAAGGGCAGGAGCCGGCCAAGCGGAGGAGUGAGUGUGAGGAGGCGCCCAGGCGCAGGUCGGAUGAGCACCCCAAGAAGGUGCCGGUGGACAGCAUCCUGCGCCGAAAGUCGGAUGAUGUGCACCUGAGAAGGAAGCGGAAAUACGAGAAGCCCCAGGAGCUGAGUGCACGCAAGCGACUAAAGCCUGGCAAAGAAGAUAAGCUUUUCAGGAAAAAGCGGAGGUCCUGGAAGAACUCCGAGGACCGGAUGCCACUGGCUACCAAGCCCUUGCGGCGCUUCAAGCAGGAGCCAGAGGAUGAUUUGCCUGAGGCGCCCCCUAAAAGCAGGGACAGCGACCACUCACGCUCCAGCUCGCCCACUGCAGGGCCCAGCACCGAGGGAGCCGAAGGCUCAGAGGAAAAGAAGAAAGUGAAGAUGCGCCGGAAACGGCGGUUUCCCAACAAGGAGCUGAGCAAGGAGCUGAGCAAGGAGCUCAACCAUGAGAUCCAGAAAACAGAGAGUAGCCUGGUCCAUGAGAACCACCAGCCCAUCAAGUCAGAGCCCGAGAGUGAGAAUGAGGAGCCCAAGCGGCCGCUGGGCCUCUGUGAGCGCCCCCACCGCUUCAGCAAGGGGCUCAACGGCACCCCCCGGGAGCUGCGGCACCCACUGGGGCCUGGCCUUCGCAGCCCACCCCGUGUCAUCUCCCGGCCCCCGCCCUCUGUGUCCCCACCCAAGUGCAUCCAGAUGGAGCGCCACGUGAUCCGGCCACCCCCCAUCAGCCCCCCACCCGACUCACUGCCCCUGGACGAUGGGGCAGCCCACGUCAUGCACAGGGAGGUGUGGAUGGCCGUCUUCAGCUACCUCAGCCACCAAGACCUGUGUGUCUGCAUGCGGGUCUGCAGGACCUGGAACCGCUGGUGCUGCGAUAAGCGGUUGUGGACCCGCAUUGACCUGAACCACUGCAGGUCCAUCACGCCCCUGAUGCUGAGUGGCAUCAUCCGGCGCCAGCCCGUCUCUCUCGACCUCAGCUGGACCAACAUCUCUAAGAAGCAGCUGAGCUGGCUCAUCAACCGGCUGCCUGGGCUCCGAGACUUGGUGCUUUCGGGCUGCUCGUGGAUUGCAGUCUCUGCGCUCUGUAGUUCCAGCUGUCCGCUGCUCCGGACCCUGGAUGUGCAGUGGGUAGAAGGGCUCAAGGACGCCCAGAUGCGGGAUCUCCUGUCCCCACCCACAGAUAACAGGCCAGGUCAGAUGGAUAAUCGGAGUAAGCUCCGGAACAUCGUGGAGCUGCGCCUGGCGGGCCUGGACAUCACGGAUGCCUCCCUGCGGCUCAUCAUCCGCCACAUGCCUCUGCUCUCCAAGCUGCACCUCAGUUACUGUAACCACGUCACAGACCAGUCCAUCAACCUGCUCACUGCGGUCGGCACCACCACCCGGGACUCUCUGACCGAGAUCAUCCUGUCAGACUGCAAUAAGGUCACUGAUCAGUGCCUGUCCUUCUUCAAACGCUGUGGGAACAUCUGCCAUAUUGACCUGAGGUAUUGCAAGCAAGUCACCAAGGAAGGCUGUGAGCAGUUCAUCGCCGAGAUGUCCGUGAGUGUCCAGUUCGGGCAAGUUGAAGAAAAACUCCUGCAAAAACUGAGCUAGUCCAAGGACAAGCGUGUAAAUAUGGGGCAGGGUGGAGGGGGUGGCAGGGAAAGACUUUACAGCCACGGAGGACUCUGUUUCCCACUGAAUUCAGACCGGGACCGCAGGCGACAGGGCGAGGCGGCUGAGCCCCCGCCAGCGAGUGAGGGGCCUGCUCUCUGGGGCGCUUCUCAGGCAGCCUUGGAGGGGACGCUCUGGUUGGGAGGAGGGCCGGCGUGGGCGUGGGGUUGGGGGUUUCUUUGGUGGUGUUUUUGUUCGGACACCCAGUUCCUUGGAAGGUCAAGGGUUUUGGUGUCAACAUGAAGUGGACCACACGCCAUAUCUGCUGCCAUCCCGACACAUUUUGUUUGGUUUUGUUACAUCCUACAUUAUGCAGAACUAUUUUUGUACAAAUUGUUUAAAAGUUAUUUAUGCAAGGUUUGAAUGCAUACCAGUGUUUUUAUUGUCUUGAGAUUGCCAACCUUCCUGGUUCCCUUCAGGGAGGAGAGAACUUAACCUGUCCUUCAUCGACACAGAUGUGCCCAGACCUGAGCCGGUGGGCAAGUCUUCCGCUUAAAAGCAUGUGUAGCCGGAAGCCAGAGCCCACCGUGCACAUCAGGAAGCCACACGAGCAUGUUGUGGAUAGAUGUGAGUUAUAGUCCAAGUAAGACACGUUGCCAAGUUUCCUCCGUAGAGAAGUCACUUUUUUUUUUCCUUAAGAUUUUACAUUUGAAACUUCAGCCUUUGCACUCAGGAGGGGUUUGCUCCAGCAUGAGCUCUUAUACCUCACCUCGACCUAAUUUAUCCUGUGAGUCAAGGAGUAGAAUAAAUGCGCCCACUCGGCGGUUUUUCCUUUGGUUCUCGCCUUUGAAGUGAGCUGAGUUCUCACUUAGGUUUGUGAGCUGGCCGUUUGCUAGUUGUGAAGUUCUGCAUUCAUAAGUGCCAUUGUCUCUGGUGGUGUUUCCUAGACCUUCCCCAACGCGGUUUUACCUUUGUUGAAUUUGUAUAAACAAUUGUACAAAAAAGCUCUCACGGUCUUCGGGGGUUUUUGUUUUAGGAGAGGACUAGAGAUGUAACAGGGAGGCUCAGCACUAGGGAGUUGGGGGCCCACGGGGUACCGUUCUCUUUCACCUGAUAAAUGUAGCUGCCCCGAGGGACACGUCUAUCUGUGCCCAGAGACCACCAUAAUGGCCACAUGUAGAGAGACAAGGGCCACCUGGGGGC